CCAACUAACUCUCACAAACCUUCGAUUCUUAAUGAUUGCGGUCGAAUAGUUUAGUUUUCCCUCAUAUUUCUCUCUCAAACAUGGCUAGUAUGGAAACACCAAAUACCGUAUUUGUUCAGAUUACAAGCUCAGUGACCUCUUUUACAUCGGAAAAGAGGCUUCAGAGAAACGAAACAAUUUCUCUUCUGAAGGUUUGUUCAAAUCGCAAGUUACUCAUUUUUAGUGAACAAAAACUCCGCUUGAAUUCCAACAAAAUCGCCCUUUAUGUCACCCUGCUUUGGAUCGUCGUUACUUCAGUGGUUUUCGUUGAUGUUUAUUUGUAUUCUAAACGAUUUCGAAGCUGGAAACAGAUAACGAAAUGAAUAAUUUCAGUUAAUAUUUUAAAUCAGCACAAAUAAGUAACUGAUUUUAUUUUAGACACAGUAUGGAAGUAUUUCGUUAUGCAAUUAUAAACAAUUUCUUGAAAAUGAUGUGAUAAAUCACAUUUGGAGGUUCUGACUUGAUUUUUGGUUUAAAAAAUAUACUGAACACAUUUUUGGAUUUCUAUUAUAAGAAUUGUUUUUUUUUUGCAGGGAAAAUUGGAGCUAAUCACUGGCUGCUCUGCAAUGACAAUGGAAGUUCAAUUAUUGGACAAAGAAGGGAAAUUUCUUUGUAUUCUCAACAACGAAGAUGCUAUGUUGGGUGCCUAUCCAGUUGAUGACAAUAUGAGACUGCAUGUAGGUAUAUUUACUUGAAUUAUUUUUGUAGAUGUUGUACUAAGUAGCCCCCUGGUAAUAUUAAGCCACUGUGUAGAGGAUUAACACAACUGUUUAAACAGUCAUGAUAGUUGAUGAUAGUUGUGAUGGUUUCAACUUUCAUUCACUCUGAUUGACUAUCAUGGUUGCAUUCAAACAGUUCAUGGCAGUCUCCUUGACAUUCUCUUUACCCACACAAAUCUGGCCAAGAGUAAGGAACAGACCUCCCAGUGUUGUGAUCUGACCUUGUUAUUGUUUACAUAGGCCUCCAAUCAGCCUGUCUUAAUGUCGCAAGUACAUACAUAUAUACUAGUGCUUGAUUUUUCUUGAAUUUUCCUUCUCAAGGUUGUUGAUAAAGAUCCCACUAAAAAGGCCGGUGAAUUUGAAGAUUUAUCAGCUGUGGAAAAGUAUGAGAUGAGCACAGAAGAUUACUCUAAAAGAUCUGGUAAGUUGAACAAGCACAGCUUCUAAAAGUUGGUGCCCAGAACCUUAAAUUAAAUAAUAGCUUACCAACAACCUGUUAGUAACUAUAGAAACAUUUCUAUACACCGCUGGUAAGCAGUAGUUUGCAGAACCUUAGAUGGACCAACAAUUCUGCAGUUAAAAAAAAAAAAAGAUAGGUCAUGCUGGCUGUGUUCAAGACCUUGUUAAACCUUUGAUUAUCUUGUCAAUUUGACUUGGGCAAAAAAAAAGGUGUUUAAUUGUCUUAUGGUCUCUAAAAAUGCAGAAGAUAUUAGACUCAGUGACAUUUCUUUUUCAAGUAUAUGCACCUUUCAUGGGUCGGAAUAACCCUUUACACCCUUUUCUCCAUACUGUUCUUCAUGCAUUUCUUAAGGUGUUGACAAGGAGAAUUUGUUUAACAAUCACAAUCUGCUUUAGUUGGUGAUCAUUUCCUUUACUCUCGUGACCUCAGGGGUGAUAUUGUAAGGAGAAAUUAGAUGCUAGUCAUGAAAGGUAAGUACAGAAUAACCAAUAAACUAGACCUACUGGUGUAACUUUUCUUGACUGUCCAAGAAUUAACUAUUUGUAUUUCAGAUUCGGUAAGAGCCUUCAAACAAAAAAACAAGUUGGGCCAGUUUAAAGAGAAAACUCCUGAAGAAAUUGAAGAAGAGAAAGAGAAAGAACGACAAGAAGAAACUGCUGCAAAAGCAAUCACUGUUGGUUCUCGAUGUGAAGUCACAGUCAGUAAUGCUCCUGCUAGAAGGGGUGUAGUCAUGUUUGUAGGUAAGACUUUUGAAUCGGGUAUCAUGCAUGUUUUUGCAAAAGGUUAGUCCUGACAGGGCCUCAAGUUUUUACAACCUGAGCCAUUGUUAUCAUCAGAGUGGAGUGAAGAGGUCUUAAGAUUAGUCAAGUGAUUCAAGUUUGGUUUGUAGAAAGUGAUUGCUUGGGGUUUUUUAACCCUUUCACUCCCAAGAUCUAAUUAGUAAUUCUCCUUACUAUCUUCCAUACAAUUCUUAUGAUGUUAGUUCAGAGAAUUUGGUAUUGGAUCAACUAAUAAUCCCAUGAUUGAUAUUCUUCUCUAUUCUCAUCACCUACGUACUUGAUUUUGUAUUGAUAUUGUAGGGAGAAAUUCUGUCUUGGUCUCUUGUGGGAGUGAAAGGGUUAAGGAUCAUUUUGGCCCUUGAACUCUCAGGGGUAACCAAGACAGAAUUACUCUUUAUUAUAUCAAUACUAGCAAUGUCAAGCAGACAAAUUACUUGAAUGAAUAAAAAUACCAAUGAGUGGACUGUUAGCUGAUCCAAUCCAAACUAAUAUCAUUAGAAUCGUAUUGACAGUAAGGAGAAUUACUACUGAGAUCCUGGGAGUGAAAGGAUCUUAAGACUCAUCUAGGUUUCUUCAGUUUGAAGUGGUCACUUUUGAAUUUCUCACAAAGUUGGGUCAUGUCAUUCAGUUUGGUUGCUUUAACUGCCAAGGUCUCGUAAGCAGUUCUCUUCACUGCUUUUCAUACAAUUCUUAGAAUGUUAGUUCCGAUGAUUUUUUAUUUUAUCGACUAAUAAUCCCCUAACUGAUAUUUUUCUUUGUUCUCAUCACUUGUCUGCUUAGCAUUUUAUUGAUGCUGUAGGGAGAAAUUCUUUCCUGGUCUUCCACAAGAGUUAAAGGGUCAAGUUAUUUGUAGGGUGCAAAAAGUCAGGACAUGUGUUGAUAGGAGUCUGUUUUGAAACCCAGUGGUUUAACCCUUUAACUCCUCAACUCCCAAGAUCUGAUUGUUAAUUCUCCCCUCUAGCUGCUACACAUUUCCUUGUAAAUUAGUUAUGAGAGCUUGGUGCUAGAUCAAGAUAGCAGCUUCUACCUGAUAAGUUUGAAUAUUCUCAUUACCUGUUUACUGAAUAAUGUAUGGAUUUUAUAGGGAGAAGUUUCAUGUGAAUCACCUCUGGAAGUUAAAGGGUUGAGUCCCGUGAGUGACCAAGACAGAAUUUCUCCUUACAAUUUAUCCAUACAAUAUCAAGGAGACAAGUGAUGAGAAUAAAGAAAAGUAUUAAUUAGGGGAUUAUUAGUUGAUCCAAUACCAAAUUCUCCAAAUUAACAUCACAAGAAUUAUAUGGCAGACAGUAAGGAGAAUUGCUAACGAGAUCUUGGGAGUUAAAAGGUUAAUAUUCAAGACAGGAUUAUUACAAAACAACCUCUUUUCAGGCUCAAUAGUUUUUAUAAGUGCUCAACAUCUAAUGCAGUAAACAAAUUUAAUAUGAAUAAGAGUUGCUAUGAAAGGUGAUGAACAAUGCCAUGCCCAUUCAACAUGUUCAGAUUUGGAAGUUGUUAAGCUGUGAUUUAAAUUCCAUUCAUCAGCAAUGGCCAAAGAUUGUAAUUCUCAUUUCUCCUUUUUAGGGCAAACAAACUUCAAACCUGGCUGGUGGGUUGGGGUUAAAUAUGAUGAACCUUUUGGAAAAAAUGAUGGCAGGUAUUGAACUUUAAUUUUUAAAAUUUUUUAUUUGUCUUGAUUUAAAUCUGUCAUGGCUACAUUUCAAUGAGACUGUACAUGUCUGCAGGUGUAGUUUGAGUGAAGUUCAAAAAUAGUUUAAUUUGAAGUUUGGUCCUCAGCCAAAUUAUGAUCUUAAGUUUAUCAAUCAAGGUGAAAGGAAAAAAAUAAUUGUUUUAGUGGGUUUUGAAAACUUUUCAAUUGGUUUUGAAAAAAUUAACAAUAUAUUAAUUAAAAAGUCUGCAAAAUCCAUGAGGUGUUUGAGCCAAAAAAAAAAGGAAUGUCAGGGUCAAAUGUAGAUUUGGUAGUUUAAUAUGACUUUCUUUUUAAAAUUUGUAUUUUCCUUUAUUUUAGAUGAAUUAAAAUCUUCACAAUUCUUACCAAAAAAAGAAAUAUUCUCAUCUACACUGUCAAUAAUUUUAACCUGAAUUCCAUGUUAUCCUGCAACAUACUAUCAAACUUUGACUUUGUUAACUUGUUGCUGCACGAUGCUGAUCUUACUUUUAAAAUUUCUUGAGAUUAGAUGCCAUUUCUACCUGCCUACAAGCAGGGAGACUUAUAUCAGACAAAGCUAUUUAAAAAUGCUACAGCAAGGGUACUGUAGCUUCAUUUUAUUCAUGUCAUACUUUCAUGUCUAAUGACUGUAACUGUUGCUUGUUCUCCAUUUCCAGUGUUGCUGGAAAAAGAUACUUCACAUGUCCACCCAAAUAUGGAGGAUUUAUCAAACCCAAAGAUGUCACUGUGGGUGACUUUCCAGAAGAGGAUUUAGGCUUUGAAGAUGAUGAAAUGUAAACUAUGAACAUGUCCCAGAUUCAACCCUCUUUGCUUCUUUAACAUGCAAGGGGGGCAUUUGAGUUUAAGUUUGCAUUAAGAAGGCCACUUGUGUUUCAGUCUGGAGUGAAGCAAUUGUAAGAUAGUGAUAAUUGACGUCAUAAUCAUUGCCUUGAUAGCAUUGAUGUGCUCAAUGUCUGUUACUUAUUUCAAGUUUUGGAUCGGAAAGUCUUGAGAGAUUCAGGAACAGAUGAUGGAUUACUGAAUUUUUUUUAUUAUAAGGCACGUCAUUUAUCUCAGUAAAAACCUCUCUGCACAGUCUUUGAGUACUGGGUUGCAUCUCAUAGCCAAGUAUCUUUGCACAACUAUAUAUAAUUAAGCCAGUUUUCCCCCACAAUUUACCUGGUUUUAAGUUUUAAAAAAAAAAAACAUAAGUUAAGAAAAGACAUGUUGGCCAUUGACUUUCUUUACUUGGUGGUUCUGAAAAGGCAAUUCUCCUUGACAGCUAAAAAUAUUGAUUAUUUAGUUGAUCAAGACUGUUCAGAAAAAGGCUACCUUUGUAAAUGAGAAGCUCAUCUAGUGAAUACCACAAUCUUGUCUCAAGAGGGUCAAAUAGUUUACAAUACACUAAACAUCGCAUUAGUUCUUUAAGAAAAUUAUUAUAGUUAUCAUAAUUUCAUUAUUCAUGAAAAAUUCUCUUUAUCAUAUAAUUCAGUGUCAUUUUGGUUUUAUCUUUUAAAUUCAAACUUUUAAAUGGAAAAGUGAGUGUGCAAUGUAUAAUAGGUAAUUUCCAUGUAAAGAUACCAACACUAGUAAAUAGAACAAAAAUAUACUAAAACAUCCUGUGUAGUUGGUUCAAGCACUAACCCUGGACAAUCUUUUAACGUCAAUAUUCCUAAGUUAUUCUUCAUACUCCUCUCAAUACACAUUUUUGUUGCUGACAAGGAGAAUUUGAAAAUAGUGUAAUCGUUGGAGGAAGAGUAAAGUAUAGUAUUUACUGAAACAAAUAUUCACCUCAGUGUUGGUGCUUUGCAGUGGAUAUUUACUUUGUCACUUUAUUCCUCUGAAAAUAUCCACCACAAGUGACCUCCACUUUGGUGAGUAGUUGUUAAAUACAACAGAAUAUUACUGUAAAAUAUCAGUUAUAAUUUUUAGGGCUUUAGGGCUUUUAGCCUUUAUCAAGGACAUAACUGGUUUUAGGAUAGUGUUUGAUUCAGCAUUAACUGGUAAAACUGAAACAACAUCAAUAUUUCAACGUUUUCAACCAAAGAAGCGCAUACUGUCU